AGUUGCCCACAUCCACACAACCUUGGCCUCUUUGUGUGUGUGUGUGUGUGUGUGUGUGUGUGUGUGUUGCAUUAUUGCAAAUGCAUGGUAGAUCAUGGUACCCUGGUUACGCCUGACUACUUAAACGUGUUUAUUAGUAUAGGAAUAGUAUGUCCACACUAACAGCUGACCGCAUCAAAGACACUCCAUCACACCUUGCCUGAUGACAUCAGAGGCAGCAAUUUCGAGGCACGCUCCUCACCGCCGGGCCCUUGACUGCAAUGUCCUUGCAAGGCCUGCAACAUUUUAGAGUGCAGCAGUUUGUCCAAGGAUGUUCCGCAUCUGCGGCCGUUCUCCCGGGGCGAGGGAGGCCCCCGUAGCGAAGAGCAAACUUAACUUGUAAAGCCUGCCUGCAGGCUACAACAGGAUUUUCAGUGUUGACUCCUGGGGUCUCUGCUGUGCGAGGCUUGAGUCAGACUUUUCAAACAUGAGUCAAGAGAGGUCAGAAUGCCAGCAACACCAGGCUGUGUGGAUUUGCACUUGAGGUUUUCUGGCACAGCUUCGCACUUCGCACUUGCAGGAGCAACUUCAUUAUCAAGACCGACGUCUUUCGGCAAGUGGCCUUCGUCACAUCCCGAUGACCCUGAAUCAGACCUUGAUUCUGGCCGCAUCGGUCCAGCUGUAAAUUUGUGUCGCUGGGGUUUUGACCUCUUUUCAGAUUUUCUUUUCCCUUCUCAGUGCUCCUGUGAAGUAGGUGCCAGGAACCUCGACUAUGCUCUUCCACAUGUACGAGAAUCAAAUACAGAUCCUAACAGGGGGUUGAAUCCUUCACUAAUCAAAUACUAUCAUACUUUCUGUCUGCUCUGCUGAGCGAAAGGAGCAAGCUGACAUUGCCAUCUAACAUCAUAUUGCAUGAAAACACUGUACCCCUUGCCUCAAAUGUCAUCAUAUAACUUAUUGGGGAGGCAUAAUGUCAAUAGAGAUAUAACGUGACAGUGCAAUCCAGCUCUACAAGACAUCUGCCCGACCACACACACAAUGUGUGUGGGGAAUCGAGGCAUUUUCGCCGCAUGUUACUUUGAACUCAUUAUUGUCUCUUGCCUGGAAACGUCCCAUCCUUUUGAAGCAAGGUGCCUAUCACUGCUCAAAGUACAGCUAUUAAUGAUUAACAGCCCACACAGCAGCCCAAUCCCAGGGGCUAUACAGUAGGAGGGCGUGUGUGUGUGUGUGUACUGCCCGGCAGCACACAGCAACAUAAAAAAUAUAGUAUUUCAGAUCUCAAUUCUCAAGAAUGUUUUGCUGCAAUCGCCCCUUUUUCAUCCCAGGGAGAAAGAAAGGCACAAAGAGACACUUAGUACACAAGAUGUGUCCAAUAAAAUCGGUUUAGACGGUGACCAAGAUGUAAUUGGAAACAUGCCGUCUCGCCGUGACUGUUUAUCGAAGCCAGCCCCCAACAAUAGUUUAUACACUCUGCAAAUGUGUAACCACCAUGAGAUGAUUGAUUAUGUGGGUCUGGAAAUAUCAUCUGUGUAAAAAGGCCCACGAGCAACGGCACAUAACAACAUAAUAGCACCAGUGGAGAUGAGAACAUGCCCUUGUUCUUUCUCUCCGUUUCACAACAUUUUACGACUUCCGUCUGCCUGUGUGUGUGUGUGUGUGUGUGUGUGUGUGUCUGUGCGUGUGUGCGUGUGUGGAACUGCAGAACCAGGUCACCUUAUCAAAGACAAAUCAAAUUCACAUGUUGUAUCUGUUAUGUUGAGCAAUUUGAAAACAUGCCUGGUUUUUAAUAUCCUUGAUACAACACUGAUUGAGUCUUGUUGUUGUGUAUUUCUUGAAUUGUUAACUGUUCCCUGAGGUGUCGAUCACCCUCGGGUGUGUUACACGGUUAAUCACAUCUAUCAUGAUUAGCAUUAAGCCCAUAGUAUGUUAAUGGUUACAUAAUGUAUAUGGGGCGUGGCAGCCAUUUUUCAGCAGUUUUCAGACAGUUAGAUCUGAGCCGACGGGGAUCAAACAUUUUAUCCCUUUGAACGAAUGAAUGGACGGGUUGUCGACAUGAGUGACAUAGAUAAUAGGAGCAUACUGUACUACAUACAGGAGCAUUGGUGAUUAUAUUUUGACUGUUUAGGUGUUUCAUUAAAACAAAUCCCAAAUUAUUAUAACAAUUAUAAACUAUGUUUGUUUGUUAUAUCUCUCAAAUGCAGAGUAUUUUAAAUUAGGUGAAUGCGUUAGGAAAAUAUUUUAAAACACAAUACAUACGGAGAUAACAUAGAGUAGGCUAAAAUAAAUUAUAUAAAAAAAUACACCGGGAUAUGAGAGUAGACAAGAGAAAAUAAUAAAAGGAAAUAAAAUUAGACAAUAAUUGGACUCAUUGUAUACAGGGUGGACGUGCCCUUUAAACACUCUUGCCGGUCAGUAACACUGCAACAGCGCCCUCUGGUGCACAGCCGGUCUCCCCACAACUGUUUAAAUUCCGAUUUUGUUGCAGAGAACUGCUGCUGUCCUGUAUUCAUAUUUUUCUCUUCAGGUUGUUUUUUUUUAUUUACAUUUUUUGUGUGAAUAGAAAUAUUUUUUUGUUGAUUUCAACUAUUUAUAGGCCAAAGAUUUGAUCUUAUAUUAGCCUAUAGUUUGUAUAAUUUUUAGAUUUUUUUUAGGGGGGGGGUCCUGCCGAAUAAAAGUCUCCCCUGUGUCGAUUAAUUAAAAGUUAAUGAAAAAUAGUUAUUGUUAGUCCUAUCUAAUCAUGUCUGAUCCCAUUUGGCUCAUGUCUGCACUGCCCGGGUAAAAACCCCGGCGUCUCGUGCGCUGAUUGGCCUGUCGUCGGCCGCGUGAAAUGCAAUUAGACCGUCCUGCACUCUCUGUCUACAUGUGGAGGCCACUGGGCAAUAAUCGCGUUGUCCCCUGCACAGGUCUGGCGCUCCCUCCCCACCCCUGUCCCCUCCACGUCCCCUCCCCGCCACACCGAGCGAUGAUUAUUGGGCUCGACGGGACGGGACGGGACGGAUCCGAACCCGGGCGCGUCAUACGCAGGCCUGGCGCGGGACAGCUCGCAUGUACGGGCCCAUUAAGUUGCAAAACAGAGCGACCAAAUAUUUGGCGUUGAGAUUGCAGCGGGGCAAUGGCAGACCAGGAAGUAGCUGCCGCGUGAAUUGAUGGGGGAAUUUGCGCCGGGCCCCCGCCGACACAACACAAGUUCAAUAUUGACUCUGCGGAAGAGGCCAGCAGCUCUCCACCUGGUUCCCGGGGCGACGUCCACAAUGAGAUGCUGCAUAAUGUCGUGUGCAAAAAGCCAUGUGCAAACGUCAUGGCGGAACCAGCACGCUGCAGCCUUCCCCUCCACCUCAGGGCCCCCAUGUUUGUCCCCAACAAGCAGCUGAAGUUGGUCUCCUACAAACAGCAGUUUCCCUGUUUUCGAGCAAAGGGGAUUGCAUGUUUCACAAAUGGAAGGGAAUGACCUAUAAACUGGACUGCUUUCGAAUGCAAAUGGCUGGAUGUUAAUUAACACCUGUGUUGUGGAUUGUAGGAGCUUGUUGGCCUUUGAUUGAAAAGAAAUGGCACCUCGGGACAUCGAGGCGCAGCUUUGAACUGCAGGCAACUUUGGCUUUGAUUGGGAUGGGAAGGAAGAAAGACUGAGAAAUAUCACACAAGAGGGCAUCUUAAUUUGCCGAAUUAGCGGUUGUAACGUGAGGGGAAGAGGAGGGCGGCACAGGGGCCCGAUGUAUGUUAGGCCCUGGGGAGCAGCGGCCCUGUCAGACUGGCCCUUUGGCUGGACUGGACAAUGGAUGUGCUCUGAAUUUACAUGUCUGCGCCGAGGAUGCCGCCGUCAGACAAUCUCCAGUUUGGACCUUUACACACACAGACACACACACACACAGACACACAAACAUACACACACGUCUCAUCACGCUCAGGGUCCUACAUCCGUGUCAUCCACUUUGUUUUCAUACGUCAAACGUAUACGAAAAACUGAAGUCAGUGUCUCGUGCGUGCAACUGUGGCAAUAUUUAUAUAUUAUUUGUGUUUAUAUUACCAUUUUGUGUAUGUAUAUACAAUAGAUCUUAUAACUUAAAGUUAUUCACUUUUCCCCAAACUCUGACUCAUUUACAGUAUUUUUUUCUGCAUAUUUGUGUUAUUAGUGUUUAAAUACAGUCCCUGUCACAAAUCUAAUGGAAAUGAUCGGAAUAAUAAUAAUAAUUAAAGUAGCUCAUGUUUUGACUUUAAUUUUCCAGCAAUUGAUUUGUUAUUCUAGAUUAUUUUUUUUUAAAGUAGAAUGCAAUAUAAAAUAGAAUAGAAAUAUUAAAUAGGUGAACUGUUCUUCCCACAAUGAAUAGAUAUAUGUACGUGUAUACAGAUCAAUAUAUGUAUCGCACUGCAUUUAUGUUAAAAUUUUAAUCAAUCAAGUUUGAAGGCUAAAGCAACCGCAUAUUACAUACAAAAAUAUAAUAGUGCCAUAAUCUUUCAUUAACAUCAGUAGCCUUAAUUUACGUGUGUACACACAAUUGGGAUAUUUUGAAUGUUGUAUAUUUUUUUAAUAGCCAGAAUUAUUUCAUUCAAACGCCCACUCGUUGUAGUGUACGUGUGACUGUAUGACACAGAGUGGUGUCCGGUGUCCACUGCACUAAUUCAUAACUUGUCCCGUUCGUAAGCGUCAGCCCCUGGAGCUGCAGUGAGCUGCGGGCCUUGGCGGUCAUCUGUCAUUUGCUCUUCCUGUGUGUCCCUGCAGUCUGUCUGACAUCUCUGAGCAAACACGGCCCAAUACACAACCGCCGGCAGGGGCCCCUCCUGGGCGGCCAGCGAGAGCGGCCCCUCUUCUAAUGUUUGUGUGACAAAAAAGGCAAGGCAAAUCCUCGCAAUGGAAUCAGAUAAUCACCAACCUGUGAAGAGCCUGCCCCAAUCCACAUCCAUGCCGGCCCCCCCGGCCCCUGGAUUAACUGUCUGUUUGGCUAAUAAUUUUAAUCUGCUGGAGAGGACCAAGAAUGGGUGACAGGGCCCGGAAUAAACAUCUAAUCCCCUCUCGCCCCCUCCUCUCCUCAAGCUCUGCACUACUUCCUCCUCGACCCCUGCGUUACACACUUUGUGUACCGAAGUGGACAGACUGUGUGCGUGCAUGGCGCGCUGCUUCCUGGUCCUGAGUCAAAAAACUGCUCCCCCGGAAAAAAAUAAGCCCGCUGUGUGACAGACUGUUGCCAGACUGCCCCGCGGCUGACAUCGUCCAGUGGAAUGUACACAUCAGAGUGUGGGGUGUGAGUGUGUGUGUGUGCAGACAAGGGUGCUACUGAGGAGAGAGGGCACUUCAGGUUCACAGGGUCAAGAGAUGUCUGUCUGGGACGCAUGUGUAGCAGCAGAGGACACAAUGUGUGCAGUCCAGGGAGGAGGGGGUAAUCUAAAUCGGGAGCAAAUGUAAAAUGAAACUAAAUAGAAUGUACGUAUAUAUACUGAUAUUGAUGCUCAUAAGUCACAUAAGUGAAAACACUGUUCACAUGCUUUCUGAUAGAACAAGUCACAGAAUGAUAAGCGAUGGUUGUGUUGAUUAUUUAUAAUUUGACAGUCCUUCUGUUCUCACAUUUGGCAGCUCCCCAUCAUCUUCCUCCCUUUUUUUGAGCAGAAAAGCCUCUGCAAGAAGAUCCCAACCAUCACAAUACACCUUCAAACUUUACGACACACCUGGCCUUCAGAUAUGUGCUGUGCAAGUCUGGUUUGCCUCUCCCCCCCCCAAAGUAAAAAUUAUUCUAAAUUCCCAGCAGAUUUUGUUGAGGUCCUCACUGUGGCAUCAGAAGGAACAGAGGCGACCCAACAUCGAGCAUCGGGUUUUUUUUUGGGUUUUUUUGGUGAAACUAUGGUGAACUUACACCUCCGCAAUACGGAUGGCACUCGAGUCUAAUUGUUGCUGUUUGAAGUAUGGCCACUUAGAUAUCCUGUUUAGGAUGGGGCUGUAUUGUCGCACCUUUGUUCUGAUAAGGGUCCCUGCCCCCAUCGACAAAGUGCGAACGACUGGGAGGGCCGCGACAAUAUAAGGGGCCGGAGGGGCGUCCCGGGGACACUGUCUCUAUCUCCGGGUGACCUGUGCCGCUGCUGUAUACACACACCGAAGCUUCCACUCAUGGAUUUCCUGCGCGCUUGCGUCCUGUGCACCGCCGUCUUCGGCCUCGCCGAGGCUUUUACGCAUGAGGAUAUGAAGGACGCGCUGCUGAGCAAACUGGGCCUGGACGAGGUGCCCAGAAUCCACAAGAGGGAUUUGGAGAACCUGGUUAUUCCGGCGCACAUCAGAAACAAGUACACGUCCAUGCUGAAGAUGCACCACAGCCGGAGGCGCAGAUCGCUGCCCAGCCUGGCGGGCAUCCUGAGGGGGAUCCCCGGCAAUGCAGAUAUCUCCGGGGAGUACGUGUACUCUGACACCACCCGCUAUCGCAUGGUGUUCGACAUGGAGGCGAGGAUCCCGGACAACAGCGAGGUGACCAUGGCGGAGCUGAAGCUCUACCAGCGGGCCAACUACCACAAGCGCUUCACGGUGGAGCGGAAGAACCACCGGGCCGUCAGCAACGCCCGGGUCAGCAUCUACUGGGUGGAGGUGCUGCCCAACGGGUCCAACCGGACAUCGCUGGUAGAUUCGAGGCUGAUCCCCAUUCACGAGACGGGCUGGAAGAGCUUUGAUGUGACCCAGGCGGUGCACUAUUGGUCCAAGACGCAGCAGAAGACACCUAUGCACCUGGAGGUGUGGAUCGAGGGCGAGAGACCCGGCAGCUACGCGGCAGAGAUGGCCAAGAGUGUCCACUUUACCACCCAGGAGCAGACGGACAACACCUUGGGGAAGCCCGAGCUCGUCCUCUACACACUCAACCUCGAGGAGUACGGCUCCCGUGGCGACUGCGACACCAGCCAGAGCCGAGACACCUGCUGCCGCGAGCAGUACUUCAUCAACUUCCGCGCGCUCACCUGGACGCAGUACUGGAUCAUCGAGCCGGCGGGCUACCAGGCCUUCCGGUGCACCGGCGGCUGCAAGCAGCCCAAGCGCAACUACGGCUACGGCGAGCGGCGGUGCACGGUGUCGGAGAGCGCGCCGCUGCCCAUCAUGUACCUGGUGAAGAAGGGCGACUACACGGAGAUCGAGGUGGCCGAGUUCCCCAACAUGAUCGUGGAGCAGUGCGCGUGCACGAUGGACAACGUGUCCGUGGUGUGACGUCGUGGAGGAAAACAGCCUAUAAGGAUUGUGGGAAAUUAUGGCGUUUUUUGUUUUUUUUCCAUUGGGGUGUUGAUAUAUUUAAUGUUUUUUUAAGCAACACGUCGAGUACUUUCUAUUUAAAUGGACAUUUAACGGGGAGUUUCACGGACAACAGGCCGCCCUGCUGCCAUUUAAACUCUCAUCUCCCCUUUCACAAGCACUUUGAUAUAUUUUGUAAAAAAAUGUGAUCUUUAAAAAAAAACAAAAUUUGAAUUUUGUAUGAGUUGUGCUGUAUCUGCAUGUGCCAUUCAGAUUCUGUCUGAUGUGUUAUAUUUUCAAGCUGUACAUAAUAUGGAUGAGUUUAUGUUUGGAAAAUAAAAUAUUUUG